AUGGUACCGAUGUCUGAACAACCUCGAAAAUAUAGUUCGCAAUCUGUUUCCAGUACUACUAGUAAGUAUGAUACGGUGUCAGAAGGCGUUUCGCAAGACGAUACAGACGAUUCAUUUCAUGAUUGUUCUGAUAACCAAAGUCAAAAUGAUGAUGCACUACGUAAACGAUUAUCCAUUCAACUAGGAAAAGCUUUAAGAUGUGGAGUAGAUAUGGAUGAACAGUUUUAUGGUUCAGCGUACGUCGACGCUUGGCUUUUAACAUUUACUCAAGGAAAAGGAGGCAUACAAUUUGAUGCUAUCUUUAAUAAGCUUAUAGCAGGUAUAGAAGUAGAAGGUCGAAUCGAUCCAAAAGACGAAAAAAAUAUGAACAAAAUUGUGAAGACAUUAAGUAUCCUCAAAAACGAAACUAUUCGACUGAAAAAUAAGAAUAGAAUUAAGAGGUUGCAACAAUGCUGUGUUACUCUUGAUACACAAGAUACUUAUGUUUGUCGUGUAGUUAAUACAGCAUUACGGGAAGAAGAUCAAAGCAAGUUGCGUACUGUUGGACCCUUCUGUUAUCUACUAUUCAAUUAUAUUAGUUAUCAUGAAAAUCAUCACUCUUCAAUCAGCUAUCGUUUUCGACAACUAUCUCAGCUGUUUGAAUCGGAAAUGACUACACUUUAUCGUGGAGACUUUAUUUCUGAUGAACUUUUCGAAGAAUAUCAGAAGUCCAUAGACCAAAGUACCAUCUACUUUAAAUGGCGUUCAUUUAUUUCGACUUCUACUAGUGAACAAGUGGCGAGACAGUAUGGCGAUCAUAAUAUUCUGUAUGAACUCCAACUUGAUCAUCAUUCAGCAGAAGAUCAGUGCAUAAAGUUAACGUCACUCACUCAAUUCUCUGAAGAAAAAGAAAUUCUAUUACGACCAGGUGUUCGAUUUCGAAUAAUCAAAAUAGAAUCUCAUGUCUGUGAAUUUCGACAUAAGAUUAAAAUUGAAAUUCUUCCAUCUUACAUCUCCAGCUUGUACAGGGCACCAUUCUGA